AGUCUCCUGCCCUUCUCACCAAUGAUUAAUAUGAGCAUCAGCGACAUCAUCAGCCCUUCUGAUAUUGCUGCUGCAAUCAGAGACUGUCAAGCUCCAGAUAGUUUCAACUACAAAAAAUUCUUUCAGAUAAGUGGCAUGUCCAAAAAGAGCAGCAGCCAACUGAAGGAUCUCUUCCGCAUCCUAGACAAUGAUCAAAGCGGCUACAUUGAAGAAGAUGAACUCAAGUUUUUCCUCCAGAGGUUUGAUAGUGGAGCCCGAGUGUUAACAGCUACAGAAACCAAAACCCUUUUGGCAGCGGGAGACCACGAUGGAGAUGGGAAGAUUGGGGCUGAAGAAUUCCAGGAAAUGGUGCUCUCCUAAGGCAUUGAAAAUGACCACACAUGUCAGGAGAACAGAUGCAUCUAUAGGAGACGAUCCUUCAGAAGCUUGUAAACCCAUGAACCCAUUGCUAAUUUUCUUUUUCUCUUGACUGUGUGUCAAUGGUUUAUAGAUUUAAUGAGGUAUUGCUACACUAGUUAAUAAAGGCGAUGUCGUGCUAGUGUAGACCUUGGUCAUUGUCUCAUCAGUCACUGAACGGAAAAUUAUCUAUAUUUUCAUGCUCUUUUGCCCUAGCCUAUCCUUCUGACCUUGAGAUGGGGGGCGUAUGGUAUUGCUGAACUACAACUCCCAUCAGCCCUGACCAUUGAUCCUGCUGGCUGGGACUGGUAGAAAGUGGGGUACAACAACAUCUGGAGGUCAUGGGUUCCCCAUUCCUGUCCCAAACAAUAUCCCAGAAUGUAUAGUGGAUAUAUUAUGGUGAGUGUGAUUUUCGAUAGCCAGGCUCAAAUCUCAAAAUCUAUUUUGAAAAGCUCAUUGUCUUAGCAAAGGAUGUUCCACAAAGUGGGCUUUGUUGGGGACCAAUGCUGUAAAAUUAAAGAGC